AUGGCGUUCUCCGUAAUCACUGCGAUUCCAAUCAUCAUAAUGAUCGCAAUGACUCAACACGUUUAUAUCGAGGGCAAAAAACCAUUGGUAUGCUGGGAAUACACCACAAUCAAUAGUUUAGUAAUUGGUGUUCUCUCCCCGGUACUUGAAAAGAGUCAUGUAACUAUUACUGUUCUUUUUGGAAUGGUUCAAACCGGUUUCAUCUGUAAUAUUCUAAAUAUUCUGCAUCUUCAAGCAGGAUGGAAUCUGUACUACGCUCGAAUCAUGUCUUUGGUAUUCUCAAUUUAUGCAGCGAUUCGGAUGGUUUGGUAUCAAACUAUACUUUUACCAAAGUUACCGUUGAGAAUCCAUUGGAAAUCUAUGAACUUUAUCACUCUGUUUUUCGGUUUAACUGGACACUUUUUAUGGCCAUACUGUAACUUUCAGACCACCGCCAAUAUCAUUAUCCACGUCUACCUUUACCUUCUCUCCAUUGAAACAUCCAUCUGGUACUACACAAAGGAAUUCCGACUGUUUUGCAAAUUUCCGAGAACUGGAUUUACUGACUACGCAAGGGCUUAUCAUACUACAGUACAUCGUUAUCGCAGUUUGGAUGAGGAGCAAUAA